ACAAUUUUAAAAAGUAAUGUUAGAAAUUUCAUUUGUUGCAAGUGUAACAAAUGUGGGCAUAUAAAUAUAGAAAGAGCUUGAAGAAGAUAUAGCGCCUCUUUGUAGCCUUUUUGUGCAGCUUAUAAACGUAAAAAACAGAUAGUGAUGUAAAAUGCCCUAGAAAAGGAAAAAGAAUGGAAGAAGAAGAUAUAGUAUUAACACAAGAAGAACUUGACAAUGUUGAGGCAGAGAUUCGACGUGUGCAAGACCAAAUAGAGGAACUGCUGGAACAGCAAGAGAAGUUAAACGAAAGGAAAUCAGUACUCAAAGCUAUACUCCAGACUAGUAGUAGUACAAGAACAGGCCAUUUCAAUGGAGGAGCAUCGGAUAUUGAGUGGUCAGGGCCAUUUCAAUGGGACGCCCAAGCUGAUCAUCACAAGUUUCAUGUGUUCGGCAUUUCCACUUAUCGCCCUAAUCAACGCCAAAUUAUCAAUGCUGUGAUGAGCGGAAGAGAUGUGCUUGUAAUAAUGGCUGCCGGUGGAGGAAAGAGUCUUUGUUAUCAGCUUCCAGCUCUUCUGCGCGACGGCCUUUCCCUUGUUAUUAGUCCUUUGAUUUCUUUAAUUCAAGAUCAGGUUAUGGGUUUGAAAGCUUUAGGCAUUGCUGCUCACAAGCUUACUUCAACCACUUCCAAAGAAGAUGAGAAGUUCAUAUACAAGUCUCUCGAAAAGGGUGAACCUCCUCUUAAAUUAUUGUAUGUUACCCCUGAAAAGGUUUCGAAGAGCAAACGCUUCAUGUCAAAACUUGAAAAGUGCCACCGUGGAGGUCGUCUCUCUUUAAUUGCAAUUGAUGAGGCUCAUUGCUGCAGUCAGUGGGGUCAUGACUUUCGCCCCGACUACAAGAACCUUGGUAUUCUCAAGAUUCAGUUUCCUAAUGUUCCUGUGCUGGCUUUGACUGCAACUGCUACUCAGAAGGUUCAAUAUGAUCUGAUGGAGAUGCUGCAUAUUCCAAAAUGCGUUAAAUUUCUAAGCACAGUCAACAGGCCAAAUCUGUUUUAUAUGGUAAGAGAAAAGUCGUCAGUUGGUAAGAUUGCCAUUGAUGAAAUUGCUGAAUACAUUCGAGAAUCUUAUCCAAAUAAUGAUUCCGGGAUAGUCUAUUGCUUCUCCAGAAAGGAAUGUGAACAGGUUGCCGCAGAGUUGCGUGAGAGGGGAAUUUCAGCUGAUUAUUACCAUGCAGAUAUGGAUGUCAAUGCUCGUGAGAAGGUUCAUAUGAGGUGGAGCCAAAAUAAAUUACAGGUCAUUGUUGGUACGGUGGCAUUUGGCAUGGGAAUCAACAAACCUGAUGUCAGGUUUGUCAUCCAUCACAGUCUGAGUAAAUCGAUGGAAACAUAUUACCAGGAAAGUGGUCGUGCUGGACGAGAUGGAGCUCCUUCUGAAUGUUUACUCUUUUUUAGGCCUGGUGAUGCACCUAGGCAGAGUUCAAUGGUCUUCUAUGAGAAUUCUGGUUUGCAGAAUCUUUAUGAUAUAGUACGAUAUUGCCAGUCUAAAAGACAAUGCCGUCGAAGUGCCAUUUUUCGGCACUUUUCUGAGCCAUUACAAGAUUGUAAUGGGAUGUGUGAUAACUGUGCAUUCUCAAAUGAGGUUAUGGAAAUCGACGUGACAGAACAUGCAAAACUUAUGGUAUCAUUGCUGCAAGAUGUGCACGAGAAUGAUCAGAGAUUGACAAUGUUGCAACUGGUGGACAAAAUGAAAAAUAAGCGCAAUGGAUUAGGUGCUGACCUUAAAAGAGAGGAGAUAGAGCAGCUUGUGGUCCAGCUUAUUCUAGAUAAUAUUUUGAAAGAAGAAUUUCAGCAUACAGCUUAUGCUACCAAUGCUUAUUUGAAAACAGGACUAUUGGCCAAGCAGGUACUGCAAGGAAAGAAGAGUGUAAAGCUUGAAAUUUUCACUAAACAGAGCAAGGAUGGUAAGAUGAACAAAGCAAAACGAAGUCUCACAUCAUCAGGACUGGAGUUGAGACUUGAUAAGUUGCGUAAAGAACUCUCCUCUGGUCAUGACAGAAUACUUCCCCAUUCUGUCUUGUCUAGACAACAAAUUAGCAUGAUCAGUGAAUUGAAACCAAGUUCAAGUGAAGAGUUGGAAAAGAUAGUUGGGAAGCUGAAGACAGAAAGGUAUGGAAGUAGAAUUCUUCAAGAAAUCAACAAUGAUGAUGAAGGCAGCAAGAGAAUGAAGAUCAACCAGGAUCUUGUCCUCAUCGACGACGACGACCAAUAAAUAUGAGAUUUUGUUUUUUUAAUUGAUUCAUCAUGGGCUAGUAAUCUCAACCGUAUUUUGUAGUUUUGCCAUCCCUAACAAGUUGGUGGUGUUUCUUUUCAUUUUAAUUAUUUCCGGUUUUUACUCGUGGAAAUUUAUGAAAUCUUUUGACCGUUCU